AUGAGUGUUGACUACAAGAUUGACUUCACGACUUUCAGUAAUGUCGUCAACAACCAACUGAAGUCCACGGCAAAGACCCGGCAUGCAAUCGACCCUAGCACUGAAGAGGCGCUCCCUGAAGUGCCCGUCUCAACCAAGGAGGAUGUAGAGGAAGCUGUCAAGAACGCAAGAGCAGCUUUCCCAGCAUGGAGCGACCUUUCCUACGACGAGCGCGCAACGCAGCUUCUUUCCCUAGCAGACGGCAUCGAGGCGAACUCGCAAGCAUUCCAGGACCUGCUCGUCAAGGAAUCCGGCAAGCCGGCGCAGACAGCCGCCAUCGAGGUUGCCAUGUCCGUUGGCCACCUCCGAGAGAUCACCAAGCUGCGCAUCCCAGAGGAAGUCAUCGAGGACACGGAUGAGCGCAGCGUGGUUGUGCGGCACAUCCCGCUGGGCGUGGGUUGCGGCAUCGUGCCGUGGAACUGGCCGCUGCUGCUGGGCAUCGGCAAGGUCGGCUCCGCCCUGCUGACUGGCAACACAUUCAUCUGGAAGCCCUCGCCCUUCACGCCGUAUAGCGGCCUCAAGCUCGGCGAGUUGGCUGCCCGCAUCUUCCCUCCCGGCGUGAUCCAGGUCCUCAGCGGCGGCGACGACCUGGGCCCCAUGCUCACCGAGCACCCCGGUAUCGACAAGAUCAGCUUCACCGGCUCGACUUUCACCGGCAAGAAGGUCAUGGAGAGCUGCAGCAGGACUCUGAAGCGCGUGACCCUGGAGCUCGGUGGCAACGACCCCGCCAUCAUCUGCGACGACGUCGAUCUCGAGAAGGUGGUUCCCAAGAUUGGCACCUUCGCCUUCCUCAGCUCCGGUCAGAUCUGCAUGGACAUCAAGCGCAUCUACGUCCACGAGAAGAUCUACGACCAAUUCCGCACCGCGCUCGUCGAGUUCACCAAAGCCGUCAAGACGGGCCCGGCCUCGGACCCGGAAGUGCUGGUCGGCCCCAUCCAGAACAGCAUGCAGUACGAAAAGGUCAAGGACAUGUACUCGGAGAUCGCCAAGCAGGGCUGGAACGCGGCGCUGGGCGGCGCCGUCCACGAGCGCAGCAGCAAGGGCUACUUCGUCCAGCCCGCCAUCAUCGACAACCCGCCGGACGACAGUCGCAUCGUCGUCGAGGAGCCCUUCGGCCCCAUCGUGCCGCUGCUCAAGUGGUCCGACGAGGCCGACGUCAUCAGGCGCGCCAACGACACCAAGAUGGGCUUGGGCGCCAGUGUUUGGAGCAAGGACCUCGACCGCGCCGGCCGCAUGGCGAAGAAGCUCGAGGCCGGAAGCGUGUGGGUCAACACGCACUUUGAGCUGGCGCCUAACGUGCCGUUCGGUGGCCACAAGUGGAGUGGUAUGGGCAUGGAGUGGGGCAUUGUGGGCAUGAAGGGAUGGUGUUAUACCCAGUCGAUGUGGACGAGGAAGGCGUUUUAA